AUGUCGACCCCCGACGCACCCUACACCUAUGCACAGACGACCCUCGUCCGAGCUUCUCCGGCACAGACGCUAUUUACCCGCAAAGAUACCUUCCCGCUUUGGGGACAGCCGAAAGGGUUCGAUCUGGAAAUGUACUUGAAGCGGGACGAAGUUAUGGAGAAGGAAGAAUGGAGCGUAGGAGGUGGAUUCGUCACUUGGGUCCUCGUACCUCGGGACGAGCAAGACACAACGGAAAAGAUCCUGGCUCACUGUGAAACAUAUCGCCGCCCGGCCCUACUUCGCCAACCUUCAUCCCCCGAACCCAUCAAAGUACAGAGCACAGGCGUCGCCUGUGUCUUUGUCAACCCCCUCUUCGCCAAGUACAAGUACGCGAAACACAUGCUCUCUCUGCUUCACUACGUCCAGGCCAAGGAGGAAGAUCUGCCCCCAUUCCCGUCAGAGCAAUGGGGUGAACCUCCGGUGGUAGAAGAGGGUGGAGAGGGGGGUUGGAAGAGGGAAAUAGCUUUCUCGGUCCUCUACAGCGGUGUAGGGAAAUCAUACUACGCCUCGGCUCGGAUGGGUCUCGGUCCUUCCAGCUUACCCGGGUGGGUGUUCAAGGGGACACCUACUCGGACUUAUACUAUCGAGCUUCCCACCAUCUCGACUUCUACUCCUUCACAAGAACAAGACCAAAAACCAGAACAAGAAGCAGAGGAGUCGACCCCGGACGGCUGGGAAUACUUGACAGCAGAACAGGUGCGCGAGUUGGAACCGAGGGUAGCGGGGGAGAUCGAAAAACAACUCCGGGAGCGGGAGACGGGCGGGAAAGUCCAGGUGGCCGUCUUGCCUACAAAGGGCACGCUCUACUCGCAUUGUCUUCGGGACCAACUCUCGCCCAUCACCCUCGCCCUGGGCAAACCUCGGACGUACGGCCUCAUCGGCCCCUCUUCUCCUUCCCCUCAAAGCGGCUCCGAAUCCGCUCAGGACGGACUAGAGGAGAGACCCUUCUUCACCUACUUUUACGAGACGUCCCCCCAUUCCCCGAGUACCAUGUACAUCUCCUACAUCUCCCACUCGAACUCGGACCCAAAAGUCAAAGUACCCUUAUCCGUUAUUCGCCAAGCCAUGUUAUUCGAAAAGUGCUCCAUCGCCGAGAUCUGGGGGGAAGCAGGGGACGUUUACCAGGGUCAAGAAGGGGUGAGGGAGAAGGAGGAUAACGUUCCUUGUCUGGCGGUCUAUGGGGGGUUGGACGUGGAGCAGGUGGAUUGGCAAUUCAAUGACAAGUACGUGGCUUGUUGA